AUGGAAUCGUACCUGACGGGCAAUGUGCCGGUCGAUGACACACCCCACAGCCACCCAGUUCCAGAGGCAGGUGUAUACGUGCCUGCAGUCACUCUGUUCGACCCGGACACUGACAGGCUGUGUCUCGAUGAUCAGGCAAAGUAUUAUGCCUACCUGGCUAGCACAGGCCUCAAGGGUCUGGUCAUUCUCGGCACCAAUGCUGAGACGUUCUUGCUUACUCGAGACGAAAGGGCGACUUUGAUGAGGUUGGCGCGACAGUCUGUACCUCAAGGCUAUCCAAUCAUUGCAGGAGUAGGAGGGCAUUCUACUGCGCAAGUACUGGAGUAUAUUGCUGAUGCACACGCUGCUGGUGCGAACUACGCGCUCGUCCUACCCUGUGCAUACUUCGGCAAGCAGACGACUCCGAAAGUGGUCGAGAACUUCUAUAACCAGGUAGCACAAGUUUCACCGCUUCCAAUCAUUAUAUACAAUUUCCCGGCAGUUUGCAAUGGACUUGAUCUCGACUCGGAAAUUAUGACCACGUUGGCGCGGCAGAAUCCAAACAUUGUGGGAGUCAAGCUCACUUGUGGUUCAGUCGGCAAGAUCACAAGGUUGGCGGCGACAUUCACGCCAUCACGCUUCGCCAUAUUCGGUGGCCAGUCUGAUUUUCUUGUCGGUGGUCUGGCGGCGGGUAGUCAAGGCUGCAUUGCAGCUUUUGGCAAUAUCUUUCCCAAGACUUGUGUCAAGAUAUUUGACCUUUGGAAGGCGGGCAAACACGACCAAGCACUAGCGCUGCAAAAGAUGUCAGCACAUGCAGAAUCGCCGACUAAAGCUGGUAUCGCGAAUACCAAGUACGCGGCCGCAAUGUACACCGCACCAAGAGCUGGUGUAAUGAACGCAGAACCACUUUUUAGACCAAGAAGACCGUAUGAAGAGCCCAGCGAUGCUGUGAAAGCCAAGAUUCGGCAGGCCAUGGAUCCAUUGAACGAGGUCGAGAAGACAUUAUGA